UUUCGUACAGUAGUGUUGCUUGGUAAAAGUUAAAGAGCGUAUGAAAAUAGGGUGCGAAACCUAUUACAAAUUUGCGCCACAUAAACCACACCCUUGGGGGAGAGUAAUGAGGUGUUAUUCAGCGGGUGGUCAAUGAGAGCAGUAAUUUGUUCUAGUAUAAAAAGAAGUGUAGUAAUAUGAAGUCAAAGUUUUUUCUAGCGCCAUCGACAGAGGCGCCCGUUUUCUGUGGCCUGUUUUAUUUAAAUAAUAUUCUCUGCCUGUCAGCAUCAGCAAGAGCGAUGCAUCUAAGCUCAAUCCAAGUUUGCGCGCUGAUGACGCUGGCGCUGGCGACUGCACCGCACGCCGCCUCCGCGCCGCACCACGUGGCGCGCCGCUCCUUCUUCAAUUUGCAGUGCAAGGGCGUGUACGACGCCGCCAUCUUUGCGCGGCUCGACCGCAUCUGCGACGACUGUUACAACCUCUUCCGAGAGCCCAAGCUGUAUAAUCUGUGCAGGAAAGACUGUUUUACGACAGACUACUUCAAAGGCUGCGUGGAGGUCUUGCAAGAGACGGACCAACUUGAACUAUUCAAGAAGUCAAAAUGUUUUACUUCGCCCUACUUCAAGGGCUGCAUGGAGUCUUUGUACCUCUACGACGAGGAGGAACAGUUAGAUCAAAUGAUCGACUUCAUCGGAAAACGCUAACAUGCACACAGCCAAAACAUUUCGCGCCAUUUCUUGACAUGACGCCAUCUUGUAUAACCCGAUCGAUUUAAUAAGCUACCGCAAGUCUCUCUGAGGAAUUAACAUGCGAAGAGAGAGCCUUAGCUGUAAACGGUAAUCUGGACUCCAAUUCUCUGCGGCAUUCAGACCACAAAAAUGCAUUUUGUGACGUAAAUUUUACGUAUUCAUAUAAAAACUGUUAAUUUUUACGCCACAAAUUCUGUUUGAGUCUAUUAUCGAAUGCAAUAGAGAAUCAGGGUUUAAAUUACCAUUUUCUUUUCCGUAUAAACAAUUUCAUUUUGAUAUCUUGAAUAGCUGAAUAUAAGCUUCAAAUUUAUAUAAAUAAAUGUUAUUAUUUCAGAAUUGUCUCUAUUGAUUUACUUUUUACUGGAAAAUUACAAUUAAGGCGAAACCAACGGUCAGAACGAAUGUGACGUAAAAGUCUAUGACAACAAAAGUCAAUGUUGUAGUUGUUAGGUGUCUUACUUCUCCAAAUAAUUCCUUCUUGUCAUAGUCAUUAACGUCACACAAGUCACGCCAAAUUGACAUUCAUUUAAAGUGCUCGUGUCAGAUGGCUUCUUUUUUACCCAUUUUUCCUAAAUUACUUUUUUAACGUUGAAUAUUACCUUUAUAUUAUAUUAAGUAUCGCUACAAAUAACGAACAUUCCCUAUUCAAUAACGUGUAAUUCAAUGGUAUAACUAAGGCUCUCUCCACUGUAUUGGUUCCUCUGAGCACAAUCUAAACGUACAGCGUAAAGGUAAAACACAACUCCACCGCUUUGCCAACAAAAAAAGCAGAACAGAAAUGUCAAACUCCUCCAAAUUGACGUCUGCUUUCUAUCCUCAACGUAUUCUAGUCUAACGCGACAUAAAAAUAUUUAUGUUUGCGACUAAUUGUAAUGUUAUCAUAAUUUGUAUUAGAUAAUGUGUAUACAGUACUAAGGACAUUUAUUAUUUUGUGUUAUACAUAAGUGUUGUAAGCUUGUAGCUACGGGAGUGUAGUAUAUUAAAGAUUUGUUUUAUAUCGAUUAUAUUAUUUGUAUUAGAUCGCCUCCUAGGUAAUUAAAAACAAAAAAAAAACAUUCAAAAAUAGAAAAAAAAACGUUUGAGGCAGAUAUUUCUCUGAUUUCGAUGCUGGUCAUCUAAUGUUUGUAUCUCUUUGAAAAAGAAAAAUUUCCCGACGGAUUUUCGGCCAGUUCACACGACACGUUGCGGUCUCGGAGCGUUAUUACUGUAUCGUUCCAUACAGAAAUAAUCCAUGGUAUGCCACACGAUCCAGACAGCAAGCCUAUUCAGUAUAUCUCAGUGAUAUGAAAUUAAGUUGAAACUAAAAAGUUGACAUCAAAUUAUAGAUCAGCCCUUUUUUUACGUGAUGUAAAAUUAAUUCCCAACAGAGAUGCAGACGCUAUGAUUUCAUCUGUGUUUACAACUGACGUUACAAAAUAUAUCUUUGGUAGGUAUUUGAUGACCACAUUUUAUACUUUCUAUAGUUAUUCUUUAUCCACUAAGAUAUUGAAAAGACCCACGGGAUCUGUAACUGGUCUUUCGGUUGAUAUCACGGCGCCGCGCCGUGGUUACAUUACGACGCCGCAACGCCUGUUUGACUGGUCAACGCGUCGUGUGAACCGGCCGUAAGCCUAUUUAAUUAUAUUGUGACGCAUUCCAUACGCAGUAUUUAUUUAAUUAAAUAAAUUACUUACGCUUUUUUAUCUGUAUUUUUUCUACUAACACGGUCUGUUUUGUAUUGUCGAUGGUAUUAUGUUUAAUAGGUUUUACAGUAAUUAAUGAGCCUUUGUAAUAUAUAGUUUAAUUAUGUAAAUCACAAACGUGGCUUUUAAACGUAUGUAUUCCGGUUUAUUUAACGGUUUCUUAUAUAGAUUUAAUUGGACACAAUGUAUUUAAUUCUUUUUUACAAUUAGAAUUUCUCAACCCGAUAUAAAUAAACGACGGUAAAGUGAAAUAAUUGCAAAGGCGAAAUACGUAAAAUCCACAUGAAAAUAUACUUAACAGUGAUAUUUAAGCAGUACUUUUGAAGUCGUUGCUUUUACAUUUUGUACGAUCAUUGUACCUUAAUAAAAAGUUAAUUUUAGUUAUUAAUUUAUAAUUAAAUAAUACUAAUAAUCAAAUUAGACAAAUAAUUGUAAGAGAUAUUAAAUUAAUUUUAAUUUAAGCUAUACCUAUCUAUAUUAUUCUUAUUUUCAAAUCAUAUGUACUUUUUCAUGGUUCAAAGUAAAUUUCACUUUAUCGUCCCACAAUAGAGGAAAGGUUGAGUUGUAUUUAGCAAUUUAAUUAGUUCAUAAGUAUUUAUAAAGAUUUAUUUUUUAUAUACUUCCGACCUAUUUAUUUGUUACUUUUUACGAUUUAUAAUUUAUUUUUUUAUUAUUUUAACAAUAUUAUUAUGCUUGCAACCGAUCACCAGUGAAUAUUUAUUGUUUAACACUUUUUACUAAGGCUAGCCGCACAUUGGACACGACAAUCGCUUCAUCUAUUUGUUAAUUACGGAAUGCCCUUCUAGUUUAUCUUCUCAGUCACCUUUAAUAUGGUUAUUAAAAUGAAAGCUCUAAUCUUGAUAACUAUAAAUAGCCAUUGCAGAAGCAUUUAUGUUUACGACAAAAACGUGCAACUAACCGCACCGACCAUCUCGUUGUAAAAACCUGAAAGCUGCAAGCUCAUACCUGAUUUGAAAAUGUUUUUAAACGCAUGUUUCACGAUUCAUGUGCAGACAAUGCAAUAUCGAGUAGAUGAACUAUGCUCUGUCGGUUACAUUUGUAAACAAUCUCGAGUAGUAGUUAAUCUAUAAUAAAGAAACAUUCACAAAAUUACAAAUGAAAUCCAAUAAAAACUAAAUGGUUUCUGAACCUUCUAAAGCUUACAGGCUUGACGUUUAAAAAAUAGCUUGAAAUUUAUUUUACUAAACUGACAAAGUGUAGUUGUUCAGGCGACAGUCGUAAAUGUGCAGCCGGCCUAACAUAUUUCUGAAUUUUUAUCUUGUAAGUUGCGGUUUAUACUUAUUUGACUGUUUUAAUUAGUUCCACUGAAACUUCUCUGUAUUUGAAUCUCAAUUUUUUUGUUUCUUUUAGCGUUUCUUACCUCACAAGUUAUCUCUAUCUAGGCAAGAUUUUUUCGUAUUCUAAAAAUAUAACUUGUGAAAACGAUCAUUUAACUGCGUAACAUAUUUGUUAAGACAGCCACUGAAUUCGAAAAUGUGAGUUUCGUUACUUAUCAAUAAAUCAUUUUUUUUUUUGACAGUUGCGACGGGCUACGUCGCAAACUGUCAUCUAAUUACAAAACGGUCAUUAUGACAUUAGUCAAUGCUUGACUUAAUGACAGUUUAGUCGACUGGUCUAUAAUCUAGCAUGAUGUUUAUGCGUAGAAACAGUUUCGUUGGGGUAGAAUCAGUCAACCCAUAUCUCUUAAAGAUGAGCACGCUUCUAUGCGUCACAAUAAUUAUUAGCAUCAGGUCAGAUCGUAGCCCAGCCCUUAUCUGUCAUCAAAAACUGUCACAAAAAUUAUUGCCUGCGCAGUAACCGCUCGCAUUUUCAACUUUGGUGAAGCGUGAUCUGUCCUAUAUUUAGAGAAAUGGUGCCAACUUUGUCCGAAGAAAAAUAGUUGUAACGAAUUUAGCUAAUGGUUAAUGGAGCGAGAGAUGUAAAACGAUUUAUAGGACUUAUGAAAUUAUUGUAUUAAAAAAAAAAGUAUAUCGAAUUAGUGAAAUAUUAAUCUAUUUGUAUAAAUUUUAUAUACAACAGCUAAGAAACGCUACGGGUUCCGUGAAAUAUAUUUCAUCUAAAAAAAAGUA